AUGCAGUUCACUCUGUCCGCUCUCGUCCUCGGCCUUGCCGGCUCGGUUGUUGCUCUGCCUCCUGGUGGCCCUAACGCUGGUGGUCAGGGCAACGGCAACGGUGUUGGCAACAAGGGCAACAACAACGUCAAGUUCCCCGUCCCUGACGACAUGACCGUCAAGCAGGCUCAGGCCAAGUGCGGUGACCAGGCUCAGCUCUCCUGCUGCAACAAGGCCACCUACGCUGGUGACACCACCGAUGUCAACUCGGGCAUGCUGGGCGGCACCCUGAGCAACCUGAUCGGCUCUGGCUCUGGUGCCGACGGUCUCGGUCUCUUCGACCAGUGCUCCAAGCUCGACCUCCAGAUCCCCAUCAUUGCCAUCCCCAUCCAGGACCUGGUCAACCAGAAGUGCAAGCAGAACAUUGCCUGCUGCCAGAACUCCCCCUCCAGCGCCAACUCGGACCUGGUCGGCGUUGGCCUGCCUUGCGUUGCCCUCGGCUCCAUCAUCUAA